CAUAUUUAUUAUAUUAUUUUUGCCAAGUUACUAGGUACUCGAGUAAUUAGUGCAAGUGGUAUCUCCACGAAAUGAAAGAAAAAAACGAAAAGAAUAAUCAUGAAUCCAUCAUCCGCUGAGAAAGUUCAGAAUUGAUACGAAAGGGUUGAAAUUAAAGUUGAAUAUAAUUGAGUAAUUCGGACAAUUACUGCAUAGCCCGUGUUAAAGGAAUUUUUCAUAGAAAUGAACAAUUCGAUAGGAAUUUAUACGACCACGUGAUACGAUUGGUAUCAUGAUUUAUCACACCGUUCAUGUUUCUGAAUUGAUCUCGAUAAAUAGGAAAGCGGCUGAUAUCGACAUCGACAGUUAUCACGUCGGUAUGUUUAAUUGUCGCUUUAUCAUUAAAGAGUUUUUCGUGUCGUGUAUUUAAUGCACACGAUUCGACGAUAACAUCAUGGCUUUGAUCUCCAUUCGCCGCCCUCGGGAUCUAAUCAUAAAUCACAAUUACACAGAAUGAAGCUGUAUAUGUCCCUUUUGGCUGUUCGGCACAUUGUUUCGUAUCGGAACUAUCGCGUGACGAUUAUUCGAGCCGUGUUAUCGCUGUUUCCGCAUACUACCCUCCAUAGACUUCAGGAGCGAUUCCAUCGAUUCUCGUGUGCGCCAUUAGUUUUUGUUAAGCAAAUCGUUCCUGUCGUUCAAAUGCAAGGGAUGCGGUAAAUUUAAUGUGAUUAGCGCGUCAGAUAUAACCGCGUAUUAUUUUUUUUAUGGGCUCAUGGUGGGCUAAUGUAUCGAUUAACGGCACUAGCCGCUAAUAAUUAAGAUAAUUUGGGGUCAAUUGCGCGACUAGUGCAACAUUAUCCCGAUACAGGUGGGGGGGGAAUUUAUUUCCACGUGCUUCUAAUGGACGAACGAUCGAUCAUCAACGCGGAGAAAAUGUUAUGAAUUUAUGGAUAACGCGAAGGGAGAAGAAUUCAAUCGCGAUGUUAAAUCUCUCGAGUCGAUUAAUUUUCACUGUCUUUCACGAAGGCAUUAAAACGCAGCGAUAAAAACAAAAUAUACCGCGCUGUCGCAUUCGCUGUCGAAUUUCAGUCGCACUAUACAGGGUGUCCCGUAUAUCCUGACCAUUGCGAAAUAAGUAUUUGUAGUGUUUUGAUGUCACGAGAAAGUGUCAGAGGAACGAGUUGUGCUAUUUUCAAUGAACAUUUAUGACUUUUCAAUUUUAUAAUCUUUCUAAUUUUUUAAUCUUCCUAGAUUUCUGAAGCUUUCAGUUUCUCGUUUUCCUCGAACAUGUGUGUUUCCCACAUCAAGAAACAUCAUCAUCGUAUCAAUUAUAUUGUUACAUCAUAAAUCAUAUUGUUAUAAGUUAUAAGAAAUCCAUUCGAUGCCGAAGAUCGUCCAAACCAGAAAUGUACGAUUCCACAAAGAAAAAAAAAAAAAAGAUUUUGACCUCGAGAAAAAAUGUUUGCGUCAUCGUAAUUACUCGCUUUAAACAGCGCAACUUUUUCUCCAGACAUCUUUUCUCCUGUCAUCAAGCACAAGAGAAAUAUUUCAGCUGGUCAAGAUAUGCGAAACACCCUGUAUAUAAACGUCAACUGCGUUACGUUGCAACAAUUACGACGGAAUAUGCGAUACCGUUUGUUAUUACGUCUUCGGAGAGAAUCAGCGAAAACGAAUAAACACACAGAUACGAUGUUUUUACACAGCCAGAGAGAGAGAGAGAGAGAGAGAGAGAGAGAGAUAACCGGCGAAUUAACCCCUGACGUUUCGCCGCGAUUAAAUUGUCUCGUUAUUUUCUGUUGAAUUUUUAUGGCGCAGAGACGUAAUGCGGUGUACGCAACAAACGUGCGGAAUGACGAACGCCGUCGAGCUGCCUGAUAAUAACAAUCUUCACGAGAUGAACGUAUUAUCGCGACGCUUUAAUAAUAUUUCCUAUUUGCGUUGCUAUUAAUACUCUUAUUAUUGUUACAAAUUGCAUCGAUCCGGAAUAAAUGAAAUAAGGUGCACGGUAAACAGCAAACAAAAGUGAAAUAUCAGGACGAGUAAAAUAAUUACGAUAGUAUAAACUCUGUGAUAAAAGAAAAAAGAAAAACAAUAAUUUCCUUUUCUCUGGAACGAGAACGCUCCAUAUCCCGAGGGUAUAAGAUAUAGUUUCGAAUUUCGAAGUUUAAGCAUCCCUACUCUAAAUUACAACGGUCCCGAGAGCGGCAGGCGGGGCUGGAACGCUGAUAACACAAUUAUCACACGUUGGUGUUGGCUGUUCACAAUUUUCAGCGCCCCAUUUUUCUCGCCGACCCCGAAGAGGCGACGUCUAGAAUCGACGGUAGCGGGAGUGCUAAAAAAACAUUCAGAUCUAUUUUGAAUCGCGAGCAGGGGGGUGUAGAAAGCGACCAUCACCGAGGCAGGUUCGAGUGGUCUAGAUUCGGUCAGAAAAUCGUCGUUCCAGGUGAGUCCUUCCCGGGAGAAAUGGACGUCGUGACCUGAAUCGCAGAUACCAGAAUUUUGAUACCAGAUUUACAUUCCGUCGUCAGCAUUUUCAUCGCCGCGCGAAUCACCGCGGCAGCUCUUUAUUGAUCAUUUCUGGUUCUUCAUUAUCGAGAAUUUUGUUCUCAACGCAACAGCAGAUAAACUUGCGGAGCAGAACGCAUGAGGGUAUCUACCAGACUUAACGUACAAUGUUAGUUGUAACACGCUACGUCGCACUGAUAAGCGCCCUGCUGCUUUUUACAACUGCGGUGGAUGGCGCGCUCGCGCGCAAGGAAUGGUGGAAAACCACAUUAGUUUAUCAGAUCUGGCCCAGAGGGUUUCAAGAUAGCGACGGUGACGGUGAGGGUGAUUUGAAGGGUAUCGCUAUUAGGCUCGAUUACAUCGAGGACCUCAAAGUCCAGACGAUUUGCUUAAGUCCCAUUUACCCGUCGCCACUGAUCGACUCGGGAUACGAUAUCUCCAAUUACACGGAUGUACAUCCUCUCUUUGGCGAUUUGGAUGACUUUGAUGUCUUAGUACGAGAGUCACACAAUCGAGGACUAAAAGUCAUUCUGGACAUUGUCCCGAAUCAUUCCAGCGAUCAGCACGAAUGGUUCCAACUGUCGGCGCGAAAUGUGGAACCAUACUCCGACUAUUACAUCUGGGCUAAUGGAGACACCGAUGAUGACGGCAACAAUAUCCCGCCGACUAACUGGUUGAGUACAUAUAGCGACAAAGAUGGAUCCGCAUGGACGUGGCACGAUGGAAGGCGACAAUGGUACUACCAUAAGUUUCACAGUUCCCAGCCGGAUCUGAAUUUGAGAAACGAAAGAGUCAUCGAGGAACUAAUGAAUAUCUUCGACUUUUGGCUGAAGAGAAACGUCGACGGCUUUCGGAUCAACGCAGUGCCGUAUUUCUUCGAGGAUGAGUACCUGAGAGACGAACCUGCCGCAGGAAAGGGUGCUCACACCUUUGGUCUUUCUGAAAGCACCGCUCUCCUUUAUAGAUUUCGCGAACAUAUUAAUAACUGGUCGACGAAUAACGGCACAUGGAAAUUCUUAAUCGCGGAGUCGUACGAUUCUGAUGCCAACUUAAUAACGUAUUACGGCAAUGACACGCACGAAGGGAUUGCACCGUUCAACUACAAAUUCAUCACGCAUGUUCGCAACAACAGCGAUGCCAAUCACAUAAAGAACAUCUUGGAUUCGUGGCUCAAUCUUCUCCCGCGGAACACCAGCACCAAUUGGGUGCUUUCAAAUCACGACAACUCGAGAGCAGCUUCGAGGAUCGGUCUCAACCGAGUGGACGGACUCCACAUGCUCAGUCUUCUCUUGCCGGGCCAAGCGUAUACGUACUAUGGCGAAGAGAUAGCCAUGCUGGACGCGAAAGUACCCUGGAACAGAACCAUCGAUCCUAUGGGUUGCUUCAGGGGUGAAAAGGAAUUCGAGCGUUUCUCGAGGGAUCCGGCAAGGACGCCCAUGCAGUGGAAUUCCGCGAAGUCGGCUGGUUUUACGAUGAACGAUACAACCUAUCUUCCUGUACAUCCUAAUUACAUCUACAGAAACGUGGAAGCGCAGCUGGCAGCCAAGAGGAGCAAUCUGCUAACGUACAAGAGGCUGGCUACCCUGAGGAAGUUGCCGAUCUUCGUCAAUGGGGAUUACGAAUUUGCCACUUUGAAUAAUAAGCGCGUAUUGGUGUUGAAAAGAUCCUUGGAAAAUUAUCCGGCAUAUAUUGUCGUAAUUAAUCUGGGUAUACGACAAGAGAGAGUUAACCUAACUUCGAUAUAUCCCGAUUUGAAUGCCGUCCUACGCACCGUUGUGGAGUCCAGCAACGCGCUUCACGUCACAAUUACCGUACCGAGGGACAACUUCAUAUUAACAGCAAAUGCUGCGCUUGUAUUGAGCGACGAUGAAAAGAAAGAGACGUCUGAACCAGCUACUAGCAGCACGCCCACUUCCAACGUAUCCGACGAAGACCCCAGUACGAUCAAGUCGACCGUUACCACCGAAGGCGCGAUCUCUUCGUCCGACGAUACUGCAAAGAAAAAAACUUCGACGUCGUCAUCAGACCACGUGACCCCGAAGACGGGAUCAGGCACAACAAAGAAGCCUAACGAUGCAGCGCUGUAUCACCCGUCUGUGCUGAAUGUAAUGAUAAACCUCGCGAUAUCUGUGAUAGGCAUCACGCAAAUUUUGGCAGUAACGUAGGAGAUAAGUAUUCGUACAAUAAAAAUCAGACAGCGGUGAGACUACGAUUACACCUCGCUUAAUUAAUUUCGCACUUGUCGCUCGAGAUACGCGUAGUAUCAACAUAAAAACCCGAAGUCGACCGAUUUCGAAGCGAGUUGCUUUCAGUUUUCGACCUUGACCCUUUGCUGCAUAAUAGUCCUCUCAGAGUGCUACCUGUCAUCCAAGCUUGUUUCUCCAAUAAUUUAAAUUUUUCACAUGUUUCUUUAGCAUAUUUGGUAUUAUUGAACUAGUAAAAUGUUCCUCUGACUAAUACGAUCGACCUUUAGAGUAAUUUCAAAUGAGCAGGGAUGCAACGAUAAAUCGAUAAUAUCGGAAUAUCGAGAGGCAAAUGUCGAAUAUUUAUCGAUAUUCUUUUAUCUCCGAUAAAAUCGAUAAAUCAAUAUGAAUUUUAUUGAUAUUUCGUAUUUUUUACCUAGUUACAGCUCCGGGGGCCUAUUAUUACGGUUCCACGACCGAGAUGAAAAUUACAAAAGUGAAUUCACUAGAAUAUAUAUUAUAUAAUUGGUCGAUGUCUAGUAAAUUCGCUCACUUUUAUCAUUUUCACCUCGAAGGAGAUCUAUUACGGUUCGUUGAACCGUAAUAGAUCUCCUGCGCUCCAUGUAUACGCUGAUCUCCGGCAAACGCGACUGCGGUUUAUUAUAUAUUUUCUAAUAAGAAUAUGACAAUAAAUUAUACGAAGAUAAAAAUUUUUAAAAGAUUUUUUUAAAUUUUUCGUGUAUACUCUUCAU